AUGGCCCCGAAAAGCACAAAAGAGAUAGUCAAGUAUUUCAAUGACUCUUUAGAAAAGGUUCCCAGUUACGAAUUUCCAAUGAAAUCACUACAGUUGGCGCAAACGGCAAAGUCUCAGCUCCCCGGGGACCGGUAUAACGAAUACUUUGAGGCAGCCUGUAGGGCUGCCUGGUCUUUGCCACACGAGAGGGGACUGUUUUUUUGGGCUCCAGAGGCUGAGGAGAUAUACGUCCAGGUGGCGAGGGCAUUCAGUCAUUGGCCGGAACCUGUGGGUAUCUUUAGAGAACUUGCCCACGCUUUGAUGCAACUUCAUCUGAUCCAGAAUGGCCAGUGA